AUGGGGUACACAUUAAAUGGAAGUCAUACACUAAUUUGCAAACUUGACGGUACAUGGGACUCAGAACCACCAACUUGUAAUGUUAAAGAUUGUGGGGAAAUAAUUCAACCCAUACAUGGAUCGGUAUCACUAAUUUCAAAUAAGACAACCUUCAGGGCAACUGCAUUCUUUAAAUGUUCAACGGGCUAUGAACUGACUGAUGAUAAAAUAGCAAGAUGUAAUGCCUCUGGUCAAUGGACAAGCAACCCAGAAUGCAAAAUUAAGGACUGCAAGAGUCCUCCGGAUCUUGAAAAUGGAAAUGUUAGUACAACUAACGGAACAACAUACGAGUCUGUUUCAACAUUCACGUGUGACUUAGGUUUUACAUUGGAAGGUGACGACAGUACCAAAUGCACUGAAAACGGAACAUGGACAAUAUACAAUACUUCGUGUAUAAUAAAUGACUGCCAUUCACCUAUUGGACCAAUUAACGGUAACGCUACGGCUAUCAAUGGAACAACUUACUUGUCGAUUGCAAGAUACGUGUGCGAUAAAGGAUUUGAUCUAAGUGGAUCAGACACAACAAUUUGUCAGGCCAAUGGAUCAUGGAGUGGAACAAUUCCAACAUGUAAUAUAAAAGACAUAAAUGAAUGUGCUCGUUACACAAACGACUGUGACUUGCAAGCUAUCUGUAGCAACACUGAGGGGUCUUACACAUGCAAGUGUCCAGACAAGUACACCGAUAAUUCCAAGAAUGGGGAAACCGGUCGAGACUGUCAAGAUAUUAACGAAUGUAACGAUACAUCUACAUGCGGAGUAAAAGCUUCUUGUACUAAUUUUGACGGAGGUUAUAAUUGCACGUGCAAUAAAGACUUUCCGAAAGGAGAUCCGACAUUUCAUUGCUAUGGGUACUAUGAUAAAAAUAAAGCCCAGAUGAAGGGGGUAUCAUCUACACUGAUCAAAUGUUCUGAGAAUGGAACGUGGGUUAAAGUGCCAAAAUGUGUCAGAAAAGAUUGUGGAAACCUAACAGAUAUUACGAUAACUAAUGCCGUUCACAGACGUCUACAUACAGAUACAAAAUUUGAAUCAAUAGCAGAUAUAGACUGCGAUGACGGAUAUUAUAUUAAAGGAAGAAUUCAAACAGCUGGAAUAUCAACCCAAACAAUAACAUGUUCUGAUACCGGAACAUGGAUCAAUGUGCCAGAAUGCGUUCCGAAGGAUUGUGGGAGAUUGGAACAACUAAAUUUGUCAAACGCGAAAGAUAGAAACCUUAUCAACGGAACCACAAUUUAUACGUCGCUGGCAAAUAUAAGUUGUGAUGAGGGAUAUAAGGAGUUAAAUAGAAGCCAGGUACUAGGAAUAACAUACACUGUCGUUAGAUGUAACGAAAACGGAACGUGGGCAAAUCUACCUCAAUGUGUCAGAAAAGAUUGUGGAGACGUUCAGAAUAUCAAGAUCGAACAUGCAGCUAAUAGGAUUCUUUUGAAUGGUGACACUAAAUACAACGAUACGGCAGAAGUCACAUGUGAUUUAGGUUACUACGAUACUGAUCAGAAGCAAACAACGGGU